GUGCAAGUCAAUAAUAAAGUGGAAAGGAGGCCUUGGUAGGACCAAUACCUCCAACAAGGCAUAAGAAGGAUCCUGUAUCUGCUCUUGGUCAGCUCACAUCUUUUUUCAAGUCACUCACGAGCUUCACUUCUUCUCUGGUAGCCGAUCUUGGUGCCGACACUCCACUGACGUUGUCAUUCUUUUGUUACUUGUUGUUGUCAUUGGUGUACGGAAGCCUCUUCAUUUUUAGGCGCCCCAGAAACUCAUGGUUCCCUGGUAUUGGUAUCUUCUCAUAGGAUUUGCUGAUGUCCAAGGAAACUUUCUUUUUAACAAGGCUUACCAAUACUCGUCAAUUACAAGUGUGACAAUACUGGACGGUUGGACAAUCCCUUGGGUAAUAUUGCUGACAUGGAUCUUCCUCGGAACCCGAUACUCCCUAUGGCAGUUCUUUGGUUCCGCUGUCUGUGUUUCCGGGCUAGGCCUAGUCCUCCCAUCCGAUUCCGGGGUAGCCCUAGACCUCUUCUGGGAGAUGCAUUAGUAAUUAUGGCAACACUUUUCUUUGCAUUGACUAAUGUUGGUGAGGAGUUUUGUGUGAAGAAGAAAGAUCUUGUUGAAGUUAUCUCAAUGAUGUCAAUAUCUGGGUUGCUAGUGAGCAUUUGUCAGAUGUAUCCUUUUAUUACUGUACUGACAUUUCAUCAUCUAAUUUGAGUAUCAAGUCUUUUGUCAUUUGUCAACAAUCUAUUAGAGCUAUCAUGGAAAGGAAUAGUCUAGAGUCGGUGAAAUGGUCUGCAGAAGUGAGUCUGGCAUUUGCUGGUUAUCCGUUUGCAGCCUUUCUGUUCUACUCAUUUGCUCCUUUUGUUCUAAAGAUGAGCGGAUCCACACUGUUAUGUUUGUCUCUUCUAACUUCGAUAUGUGGGCAGCUGUCAUCAGAAUAUUUUUCUACAAGCAGAAGAUUGACUGGCUUUACUAUCUAGCUUUCGGGCUAGUAGUUAUUGGACUUGUUGUAUACUCAAAAACGGAGAAGGGAUCAGUUUCUGCCGCAGAGAGUGAGGAUGGUUUGGCGUACGAAAUUCUGGAUGGAGAGUGCACAGACGCAAGAAAAGAUAAUGCGGAUGUCGUUGAUGUUUAAAGGACUUGUGUUGUUUCUUGGCAACACUUCAUAGAAAUGAAUUGCAGCACAUCCCUAUAUUUGAUAAAGAAAGGCCAACACUUGAGGAAGCAUGGAUAUACUAGAACUUGUGUCAAGUUUGGCUGUUUGUAUAAUUUAUUGUCUUGUGGAAGUGUGAGUCUCACACCUAAGAUUGAUUUAUGGAAGUAUUCAACCCUCAUAUAUCACUGCAUUAGUGUUUUUCAACCAACUUUGGUACACUUAACCCCAAUUGGAAGUCAUAUGAGAUCAGGGCUGCAUAUUUCACCUUCACAUCUAUCAUUGUGGUCUUGAAUUCAC